GCGCAACCGAACGGACAGAGGUGGAUUAGACGGCCCGUCAAAAACAAACGUUCAGUUAAUAUUUGCUUCUUCCUUUUCGGUUUCGCACACUGCCGAUGCGGCUCCUUUCUUCUCGUCUUGACGAACUACCCGCGAACCCCUUUCCUUGGAACAACGUCGCAUUACAGCUGCGUCUCUUCCACCUCGCCUCUCCCGCCGGGCACCCGCGGCUCUCGUCCGACAUUCGCCCACGGUAGUCAGCUUUUGGCAUCUGCUGCAGCAGCAGCUGCUUCCCAGUUUGACGUCAUCUCGGUGAGUUGCUUUCCCACACACGCACGUCGCAUCGCAUCUGCCCAAUCAUCACCGCGUCUUCCUCUAUGUGAGAUUGUCUAGCAGAACGACGGUGAAGGGCCAACCAGUGCCAGCGAACUUCCUGCGGUUCCAGUGCCUUCGUCGACUGGUUGGCUCGACUUCUCAGCCCGGCAAGCCUACCCUGCUUCAGAUCGCUUCUCUUCCUCCCCCCCACGGUGCCUGCUUCCGUCAUCUAGCAUCAACGCAUAUCCUUGUUGCUGUGCAGUAGUCGCCUGUUCAACAUAACGCUGCGAGCUGCGAGGGGCAACAAACACCAAACCUUCCAGAUCUGUGGGGAGCAGCUGCCAACGUUCUUCCCGUCAUCUUACAACUGGGCGACUGCUACCCUCGUGUUACUUCCGCGAUUGCUUACCUCUUCUAAAACUACUGCCGUGCCCUUUACCACGAUAACUUCCGCUUGCGAAAACACCUGCUACUUUGUUCCAAAUUACCCGUGACACGACUGCUGACUUCCUUUGCUGCCUUAGUCCACUCAUUCUUUUGCCUUCCCCCUCCUUACAGAAACCCACAACCUUUCGAUCGACCUUCCGAAGACGAACCUACAUCUGCCAACGUGGUAGAAUUCGAAGCUGCAGACAGCCAUUGCAACUACGUUUCCCGGACCGAAAUAACGGUGCUUGGAGAACCCGAUCGUUUUGCGAAUCUCGACUGUCACGUCACUUUACUCAGCCACCAAUUACGCAGGCGACACUUCUGAGCUACGCCACACCAAGACCUACCCAACACAAGGCUGUGUAUCUAGAUCCCGGCAACCUUCAACACAGACAGGCGGCGAAGCUACUUUCGACAAUCUCGAGCGUGCUUCGUUUGGUCUACACCUCUACAAAUCUUCGCCACGUCGAGAUAUCCUAAGCUUGGCAUGCGUUUUGGACAAAACAGUCAGCAUUUCCAGAGUCUUUAGUCUGUCGAACAUCAAUCCACCGUCAGGAUGGGGGGAGUCGACAUGAGCCGCGAUUACUACGCGGAUCUGGAGCUUCCGGCAGACGCAGAUACGAAUGAGAUCAAGAAACAGUUUCGAAAGCUAGCACUCAAGUACCACCCCGAUCGAAACCCAGGCAGAGAAGCUGAAGUCAACUCCCGAUUCCAGGUUAUUCAGUCAGCCCAUGAAAUUCUUACCGACCCUCAACAACGAGCCAAGUACGAUGCCGGGAGAACGCGAUCGAGAUAUCCUACAGCGUCCGGAGUCCGAGGCAACCCCUGGCAGAAUGCCGGUGCUAACUUCCCUCCCCCACCUCGUCGUAAUGCGACAGCUCGUAAUCCGCCGCCGCCUCCGCCAGCCUCAGGAGCAAGUAGAUACCGCAACUUUGCUUCGGGUGCGGCACCAACGGCGAAAGCGCAGACGAGAGACGACCCAGAAGCGAAGCGGAAUGCCUGGCAUGCUUUUGAGAAUAUGAAGGGUCGGGCCAGCCAGUCCCAGCCAAAGCCCGCCAAGGCCCCCGAGACUCCAAAGCGACCAGUUCCCCGGACUCCUUCUCAGAAACAGAGGGCGGAGGCUUCCUUUGGACGCAAACCUGGCUACACUCCUCACUCGCCAGUCCCUGCAGAUGAGCCUCCGGUGAACUCGUCCAACUACUCCACCUCAUCCCGGCACACCAACAUUUUCGCAGACAAUGCGCGAAGACAACAAGAGGCAGGAGUGCCAGACCCUCUGGCGCAAUUUAGGGACUCGGAUUCUCGCCAAAGCACUCCCUACAUGUCACAUGGCGGCGAGAAACUGAAUCCAUUCGAUGGCAUCUCUGUGGGACGUGCGAAAAGCACCCGGGAAAGCCCUCGGCCACCUCAGGAUAGCUACGGCCCCAAUCUUUCGCCUGGCAGCGCUCGUCAACGCGCCCAGAGUGUCCCCCGUCAAGCAAGGACUGAGCCGUCGAGCCCUCGCACUUCGACUUCGACGCCGCAAGAGGAUCGCCCUAAUACGGCGGCUGCAACUGCGUCCAACUCGCCCAAGGACCCAUUCAGAUCCCGCGCAAGCGCAAGAUACACCCCACCGAACACGGCCACCGGUCCUGGUCCGAACAAUGCGCAGGCGAAGACCACUCCUUCUCAGAAUCCUAAUGGAGCGGGAAAUAUUCACACGGCACAAGGAUCUUCAAUCUUCAAUUUUCCGAUCGACGAUGACACCUUUGCCCGAACCGCCGCGCCAGAGCAGCCAACUUUCAGCCGCAGGAGCACCGAGGAAAUUGACACGAGCUUUGUUAACGGUGAUGGUCCAGAUGCUUGGAAAUUCAGCGCCGGCAGUCCGAUCCAGGACCAAGCCGCCAAGGUUCGUUCACAAUCCGGAAGCCGCGUAGGCCGUCGAUCACCGAUCAAGCGUCCCAGCUUGAGACACCAGAAGGAUAUGUCGGGCCAGCCGGCAGGAUCGCCUUCUGCAGAAGGAAAGUUUGAUGCUCAAGACUGGACCCAACAGAUUGGGGCCCAAAACUUCGUGCCGCAUAAGACGCACUCUACAUCAACAUCUCCUACCCGAAUUUCUCGCGUCAACUCUAGGAAGACCAAGGUCAAGCCGACGGCAGGGGGCAAUGCAGGACUGGUGAAUGAUGACUACGACAGUGACGAGGAGACCGAGUGGAGAGGACGAAAGUCAAUGGCGGAGCCUAUCGGUGCGAACAGCCCGAAUGCUAUGGACAUCGACCCCCCGCAGACUGGGACUUCUCAAAAGCGAGAUCAUUCGAACAGCGCAAGAAACAUCCCUGUGGAACCAUCUCGUCCCGAAUGGAGGCCAGGCAAUGGCUUGCAAGAAAACGGCCCGAAGUUACCUGCGCGCAAGCCAGAGUUCAACCCGAACAAUGCCGGUUCUGAAGACAGCGAGGAGUUUAGGGCCAGCCUUGCUGACCUCAAGAAUGUGGCGCCGUUCGCGCAAAACUCUUCUGGCCUAGGUUCUCUGAAUGAUCUCAAGAUGAGCCUGCCGUUUGAGAGUCAGCCGUCAGGCCGCGCUCCGAUCGACAAGGAGAAGAAGGCCUCGCUCGAUUUCCCGGUCAUCCCGCAAGCACCCCGACCCCCGCCUACUUUCGCGGUUAAUUUGAAGCCGACCGGCGGUGCCUGGCAGAAGUACACCCAGGACUUCCAGAGUUACGUUUUGAGAUGGGAGAUCUUCAACGCUCAAGUGAUUGAGCAUUUCAACGCUCGCAAGGCAAAUAUCGCCGAUCUCCGAGCUCGCAAGGGCUAUUCCUUCCUCGUCUCUCGCGGCGAUGAUGAGAUUCACGAAUAUCUUGAGUGGAUGGCACAAGAUAAGGAAGUUCGAAGGAAAUGGGCUGUCGCAUGCGAAGACCAUGAAGCACGCAUUCGUGAGUUCAUGGUAUAUAAGGGCAAGAUGGCAUAAGUGAAGGCUCUUAUUCUGUUUGUGCCUUCUGCUUGGGAAGGAUUCUACUGCCCUCGAAAUCCUUGUUCUUACCUUACGGGGGUGUAAUUUUCAACUUUGACGACAGCUCUGACUAAAUGGGAAACGACACAGAACGAUACCCGGCAUUUGGGGGGAUACUAAUUACGAUUCAACCUUGUCUCUCUUGACUGGCACAAUCGACCAGGCCGCGUUGCACAUACACUCACUCGCCGACAUCGUUAACGGCGACACACCAUUAUGACAUAGACGAAGAGGGAGGGGUGUGUGUAUACACCCAUAUUUGCGCUACAUUUUGCACUUUGCUCUUCUGCGUUAGGUUUUUUGGGGUUCUUCGAUUCGAUCCUUUAUGAUUGUGCUGGCCUACGGUCAUCACAGUCUUGCAUGGCCAGGCCUUGGUUGUUUCUUGCCUUGGCUACUAUGGGUGGAUCGGGUUGUGUAAUACAUAUCAGAUUCUUGGGGCCCUUCUGAGGCUACCCCUAUUAAGCUUGGUUGAAACUCUUCAAGCUGGA